AUGGCAGCCGAAUCGAGCGUUGGUGCCUCUGGGCCCAACCUCAACCUCGACGCCGAAGAGAAACGCAUAUACGGGCAGCUCUUCCGCGAGGCCGAUACGGAUAGCGUCGGCGUUGUCACAGGCGAGAUCGCGGUCAAGUUCUUUGAGAAGACGAGGUUGGACUCUAGAAUAUUGGGAGAGAUCUGGCAAAUCGCAGACAAGGAAAACCGCGGAUUCCUGACGCCUGCUGGCUUCGGCAUCGUUCUCCGUCUCAUCGGCCAUGCGCAAGCUGGCCGUGAACCUACGCCCGAGCUUGCCCUACAACAAGGGCCGAUCCCCCGUUUCGACGGCUUCACGCCCACCCCGGCGGGCCCGAGUGCACCACAAGCUGCUGCGCCGCUGCAAGCACAAGGAACCGGUGGCGUACCUAUUCGCAUCCCACCUCUGACUCCAGAAAAAGUAUCACAAUAUGCAAGUUUGUUUGAGAGACAAAAUUUGCAAGGGGGCAGCAUGCUCCCAGGUGACCAGGCCAAGUCCAUCUUUGAGAAGUCAGGACUGCCGACGGAGAUUCUCGGUAGAAUCUGGCAGUUGGCAGAUACGGAGCAAAGGGGUGCCCUGGUCAUGGCCGAGUUCGUCAUCGCCAUGCAUUUGCUCACCUCGAUGAAGACGGGUGCGCUCCGGGGCCUGCCGAGCAUCUUGCCCGCUGCCCUGUACGAAGCUGCGACCAGACGGGGCUCGGCACCGAGACAGAGCCCAACGGCUACCGGACCGACUAUGUCUGCUAUUCCGCGCCAGUUGAGUGGCUCUGCUCAUAUGCGCCAGGCCAGUCCCUUAGCUCGAUCGGCGUUGCAUCCUCAGGGUACAGGUCUUGUACCGCAGACCACCGGGUCGGACUGGCUCAUUACCCCCGCCGACAAAGCAAGGUUCGAUCAGUUCUACGCCGACUUGGAUAAGACGAACAAGGGAUUCAUCACUGGAGAAGAGGCGGUGCCCUUCCUCAGUCAGUCCAACUUAUCCGAGGAUGCACUUGCUACUAUCUGGGACCUUGCCGAUAUCAAUUCCGAAGGACGUUUGACCAGAGAUACCUUCGCUGUCGCCAUGUUUCUGAUCCGUCAACAAAGGACUAAGCGGGACGGGCCUACCCCGUUGCCUACUACAUUGCCCCUAAGCCUCAUUCCUCCUUCAAUGCGCAACCAAGUGCGUCCGCCUAAUAUUGGCACAUCUCCCUUUGAUGCACCCGCACCCGCUCCUGUUCAGCCGCCACCAGCUCCCAAGUCUGCUCUCGAUGACCUCUUUGGUUUGGAUGCGCCAAGCCCUUCUCAGACCGGCACCGCCACUAGGGAUCCUUUCGCCAGUGCCUCUCCUAUGGCGCCAGCCUCGCCAGUUCAGGCGUCGCCAACGGGCAAUGCCUUCAAACCAUUUGUGCCUUCGUCCUCUUUUGGCCGAACUCUGGCGACCCACGAUACCGGAGGUUCCGGAAGCUCGGCCGUAGCUUCGCGUCCCGGCCUCGGACCUUCGCCCAUGCCUUCUGCUAUGGAUGACCUGCUGGGCGACAAUGAUCCCGAGAUUAGCAAGAAGCUGACGAACGAGACGGCGGAACUUGCCAACCUGUCCAAUCAGAUUGGUUCGCUGUCUGACAAAAUGCAACAAGUGCAGGGUCAGCGGACAACGACGCAGAAAGAGAUCAAUCAAGCAAGCCAGCAAAAGAAGAAUUUUGAGGACCGUUUGACUCAGUUGCGUGGUCUGUAUGAGAAGGAAGCCAAAGACGUCAGUGAGCUGAAGGAUCAGCUGCAGAAGUCCCGCGGUGAGACGAGGAAGCUUCUGAAUGAGAUGGCCGCAAUUGACGGCACUUAUCGAGACCUUCAAAACCAGCACCAACAGAUCGCGACUGCUCUCCACGCCGAUCAACAGGAGAACGCCAGCCUCAAGCAACGUAUUAGUGCAGUCAACACCGAGAUUGCACAGUUGAAACCGCAAAUAGAGAAGCUCAAGUCAGAGGCGCGCCAACAGAAGGGCAUGGUAGCCAUCAACAAGAAGCAGCUUUCAACAACAGAGGGGGAGCGCGAUAAGCUGAAGACAGAGGCAGAAGAUCUCGCCAAGAGCAACGAGGAAUUUGCGCGUCAGAUCAACACUAGCUCGCCAGUUGCACCGCCUGCUCAAGUGGCCAGCCCUGCACCAUCGAAUGCUAGUGGUAACAACCCUUUCUUCAGACGGACCGGGAGCACUGAUAUUAUGGGCACUUUCGCUUCACCUCCCGCGGUGAAAGCACCCUAUGGCGAAAAGUCGUUUGAUGAUAUCUUUGGCGGCUAUACUGGAAGUGCCUCCAAUACGCCGCCACCGCCAGUUACAUCAUUCAAACAGCAGAACACGGGUACUUCGACGGCGAGCGUGAGCUCUUUUGCGACUCCGGCCGCUUCUACUCCUACUGUCAGUCAACAAACCACUCUAGCUUCUGAGCCUCCACCCCCGCCGUUGUCUCGGCAGAUCACCUCGAGCUUCCUGCCCUUUGGCGAGACCACCGAGUCACUGACUUCCUCUCGCCAGGCCUCUCCUCCUCUUAGUCGGGUUGGUGAAGGCAGCAUCCCUGCUCCCACUAGCACAGUGGGCCCUCUUGAACCUACGAUUACCGGUCAAAGUGCCGCCUCUAAUGCUGAGGCUGCCAAGAGCCCUGUUACUAGUCCUACUGAGGAACAGCCAGCUGCUGCUAGCAAUGGUGCCAUACCUGGUGCUUUCCCGGAUGAUGCUCCUAGGGAGACGCCAGCAUUCGGCGGAAAUAGGGACAGCGACCCUUUCGAGAGCAUGAAGAGAGAUCCCGCCAAGGCCAAGGAUGAUUUCGACUCGGCAUUUGCUAGCUUCGCAGGCUCGUCGAACCCGCCACAGGAGAAACCCAAGGACACUCACAAUGCCUUCUCAUCCUUCCACUCUGAGUUUCCUCCCAUUUCGGAGCUAGAGCGAGAUGACGAGUCCGAUUCUGCUAGCGAGGGAAACGGAUUUGACGAUGACUUUGCUCCGGCUUCCCCACAAGUCAACAAGGCUGAGGGCAAGGAAACCCCCAAGGCACCAUCAUCGCCAGUCGCAAGCACCAAAGCCACGGCGGUUCCGGAUGUCCCAGCUGCUGAGGGCGCUGAGACCGCGCCCGUCGUUUCGAAUGAACCACGAUCUUUCUCCCCACCGCCGACCUCUCCUACAACCGCUGCGCCACCUAAAACGGGGGACCCAUUCGCUCCGGCUGCAGACUUUGCUCCUACGCCAGGAACUGUGACAAACACUGCACCAGUUGCUUCUAAGGGUGCAUUUGAUGAUCUUGACGACGAAUUCGAGGAUCUUGAGGAUGCCAAAGAAGGUUCGGCAGACGAUGAAUUUGCCAACGUCUCCCGGUCUAACCUCGAUGAAUUUAACGCCGUGUUCGACAGCCCGCCGCCGAGCCAGCCAAAGAGCGAGUCAACCAAUGUUUCGAACGUAUUCGGUGUUGACAGUAGCUUCGACUUCGGCAACGUCUCAUCCACUUCAGCUGGUGCGCCUGCCCCUGCUAACAGCACGUCACCUGUACCUGGGCAGGGGCCCAAAGCCCCGGAAGGUCACGAUUGGGAUGCCAUAUUUGCAAGUUUGGACGAACCGGCUGGUGAUGCUGCGAAGACCGGGGAAGAGGCCAAAAGUCCUGGAGGAAAAAGUCAGAGCUCGGGACGACCCAGCAGUCUUGGACGGGCUUUGACCGAGGAGGGGACACACGACGAUCCUAUCUUAAAGAACUUGACCGGCAUGGGCUACUCACGCACGGAUGCCUUAAACGCCCUGGAGAAGUAUGAUUAUAAUCUUGAACGGGCCGCAAACUACCUCGCCAACCAAUCAUGA